AUGAGGACCGAGGAGAAAGAAAAGUGGAGAUCAGAAUCAGUGUACAAACUGCUAAUGAUUGUACUUCCAUAUCUACAUUCACUGUACGAGUUCAUUUCUGUGUCCCGCGUAUCCCCGGCGCUCAGAAAAGCGGUUCGAGACCAAACCAUGUUAUGGACCAAGGUGGUUGUUGAACCACCGUUGAGUCCUCGUCUAACCGACGUCAUUCUAUGGGAGUUCACUUCAAAAUCGGCGGGAAAGUUGAACACUUUGAUUCUCCGUAAAUGUCGUAGAGUCACCAACAUAGGGCUUCGCCGUGUGGUUGACGCAAACCCUAUGAUCAAAAAGUUAAUUGUGACGGGAUGCACGGAGUUAGUUCCAGAAGGAAUCAUUGCAUGUGUUGAAACCUUGACGAAGAACAAUCAUAAGUUGGAGACACUUCACAUCAAUGGCGCAAUCGACCUCUCAGCACUUUCGACUUACCUUCCUCAAGAGGGAGCAAUCGACCUCGAGGUGUGUCCAAAAUGCGACCAAGUCAGGAUAAUUCCGCCUUGCUCAAGAGAAACUUGUAAACGUGAGGGAAGGAAAGCACAAGAGUGCAGGGGAUGCUGGUAUUGCGUCCCUAGAUGCAUGGAGUGUGCAGUGUGUCUCGGCCCAGACACUGAGGUUGAAGAAGCAGCGUGUGGGGGAGACGUUGUGUGUCUUGCUUGUUGCCAAGCGCUUCCAAAGUGCAGGUUCUGCAACAAACCCUACUGCACAAGUCACAGCAGCCUGCGACAAGGUAACACAACGACGGACGCGGCUAUGUUUGCAUGCCAAGCUUGUGACUACAGGACAGGAGCAAGCGCAAGCGAUCCUAUCGUUUUAGACUAAAGCCAAACUUGUUACCAAAGCCAGUAAGAAGAUUUGGACUUUCAUAUCUAAAAACAUUUG